AUGUGCUCGGAUAUUAAUUUAAAACCAUCAGAUUUUCCCUUAAUUGUGGAUCAAAUUCUUUCAAUUUUCCCUAAUGAAGAAGAAGCUAAGGAUUAUUAUUUUAUUCCUAGAGAAGGAAAGAAAAAUCCCAGCGGUCGUCUAUACUCAAGAUACGCCAAUUGUCGCUCCAAACGCGUCAAAUCAAGCCAAAGUUCGUGUACAACAAUUACCAAUGAGACUCCUUUUGUCGAAGAUGAAGUGGACAUGUCAAUAUCUGAGGCAAUGAAAACAAGUUUGAGCCGUGACAGCUCAGAUUGGAACUUAGUGAAAGAGAAAUGGAAAAAGACUUUUUCACUCCGACAAAAGGAAUUGAAGCUCAUGUCAAAUGAUGAAUUUUUUAAAUCUUGGCCCAAAUUUUGCGAUGCGAGAGCACCAGAACUGAUUGAAAUCGAUUUCGAUUUUUUGUACCCCAAUAAAAAGCAUCUUUUGCUGUCCAAAUGGGAAAAUUUUAAAAAAAAUAUCAAAAACUAUUAUGAAAUCAACAUCCACAACGAAAGCUGCAGAAAAAGGUUUUCAUUACUAAAAACCAAUUCAGAAAUAGGAAAAGAUUCUGAAGACUUUCUACUAACAAUCCUAUUGAAUUCAGUAAUUCCUCCAGUGUCAAGGUUUAAGGACAAACGAGGAAGCAACAAAAGAAAGGUCACCAUCAGCGAUGCCCAAGAGAGUUUUAUUUUGAGACUUCCCCUUAUAACCAACUAUAAGGAAAAAAUAGAAGAACUGGUGAAUAAAUAUUAUAAUAUCAAACUUACAGUACAACCAUUUAUCAUAGUAGUUGGGGAAGACGAUAUAAAUUUAAAUUCUUUUUUUGUUUAUUUAGAUAAAACAUUGUUUAAAUUUGAUUCUUUUAUCGAAGCUUUUGAUAAUUGCUUCAAAAUUUUCCAAGUUCUAUCGUUAAGUUAUCCAUUAGGAUGCCAACCUAGUUGGAUUUUUAUUCAAAAAUAUUUUUACAACAUUAAUACUCCUUUCGAUAUAAAAUCACCGAACAUUACAGCGCUUUUAUCAUUUUUAAAUUCCGCAAACAAACAAAAUUAAUUAUUAUGUUUGUUUGUUUUAAAUGCUUUAAAGAAUUUCAUAAUGUUGAUUCCCUUAUACGCCACUUUAAA